AUGAGCAACAAUAAAAUUGGCAAUACUUUGGAGAAUUCGAAAGAGAAGACAACGUCGACUGAAAUUAAGGAAGAAAAAAAGAUUGAGGAAAAGUCAGAGAUGCAGCAAAAUGAUUCGGAUGACAGCGAUGAAUUUUCUGAUGUUGUUGUGAUUGGUAAUGAUUUUUUAAGAAAAAUUCGACUCCCAAGAGAGAUCGGACUGGGAGGAUUUUUGACCAAGUUCUCGUGCCGGUUCGGUCUCUAUUCCCAAGAGCCAACCCGAAAAUUUUAAUUUUUAAACAUCC